AAACCAGAGAGAGAAGCGUAUGCACUAUGAAAAUGUCAACGAAAGACACUCAACUGCUGAACUGGUUGCUGCUUCUGAUUUUCUUGGUGGACUCCGUCAGAAGCGCCUGCAAUGUUUGCAACUCUGUCAACAGCAUGGCCUGCUAUGCGGUCGACCAAAUUCAGGCUUGCGAUGCGAAUAAUUUACCCACUCGCAUACCAUUCAACUGUCCACCCGGCUAUGUCUGUGUGAGUGGAGCAUCCGGCGUCUUGUGCAGGCCCACAGCCAGUGGGAGCAUUGGUGAUUGCCAGGACUGCAACAAGUGUGAUGCAACGAAUACAUUCGCCUGCACAGGAACCAACAGCUUCGCCCUCUGCCUCGGCACGACUACGCCACAGAACUCCUUGGGCUCCUGUUCUCCUGGUUAUGUGUGCAACAAUAUGAAUGAUCAGAUUUGUGGACUGGAAACACAAUUCGGUCCCACCUGCUCAUAUGCAGAUGAUACAACAACAACAGCAACGCCGCCAACAGCCACACCAGCUCCAACCCCAUCGACCGACAAUGCAGCCACCUAUUGCGCCGCUGUCAAAGCACCGGGCAACUAUGCAGUGGGUGAUUAUGCUGAAACCACUUGUCGUCAGUAUAUCAAAUGCUUCCUGUUGAAUGGCGUUUGGAGAGGCCAGAAGUACACAUGUCCAGGCAAAACGUACUUUAAUCCCACCACCGGACUGUGUGCUGUGUCAAUGCCUGGCAAUUGCUACACGCCAACCGGAACCACAACAACGACAACGGUGGCACCGACCACCAGCAAUCCGAAUGCCUACUGCGCAAAAAUGCAGUCACAGGAUUACUUUCCCGUUGGCACUAAUCCGAGCAGCACAUGUCGCCAAUAUAUCUACUGUCAUCUGCUGAACGGCAGGUGGCUGGGUAACAUGUACACCUGUCCAGGCAACACCUACUACAACAGCUCCACCAAGAGAUGUCAGACGGGCCUGCCCGCCACCUGCACCCGUGCUGUGGCCAGGUUGAGCCUCAACGGUGUCGAACUGAUCUAAUUACAUAUUGUACAACAUAUAAUUAUAAUUUUUAAAUAUCACUGACUGCUGCCAACUCAAACCCAAUUACUAUCGAGUACUGCUGUCAAAAAGUCCAUCAUUGAUAAUACUAUAUUAUGGAAGCUUAAAAUAAUACAGUACAUUCAAGUGGUGCUACGGUAGUACAGCUUUGUCUUUCCGCAUCAAAGAAGCUGCUAGCAGUACAGCCAUAUUCCCUAGCUGUUAUUUUCUUAGCGGUAAUGUGGCAGCUAAUGUAACUGAAACGACAAAAAUAUAAUAAAAACUAUAAGAAA